UAUAACAAACGCACGCGAUACCGCUAUUUCACAUUCAACAUUUACAUACUGCCAUUCGCGACAUUCGAAUAAUUAGUUAGGAUUCACAAUGAAGUCGUUAUUAUUAUUUAUUGUAGGAGUUUCAGUAUUAAUAUUAAAUGUUAGUGCUGAUAAUAAAGGAGGAAAAGGACCUAAAGUAACUCAGAUAGUAUGGUUUGACAUGAAACAAGGCGAUGAAGAUCUCGGUAGAAUAAAAAUAGGUAUUUUCGGUAACACUGUUCCAAAAACAGCAACAAACUUUAUCGAAUUGGCCAAAAAACCCAAAGGUCAAGGGUACAAAGGAAGUAAAUUUCAUCGGGUCAUCGAAAAUUUCAUGAUUCAAGGAGGUGACUUUACUAAAGGAGAUGGUACUGGAGGAAAAAGUAUUUACGGGGACCGUUUCGCAGAUGAAAACUUCAAGUUGACUCACUACGGAGCCGGAUGGUUGUCGAUGGCCAACGCUGGUAAAGAUACAAAUGGCUCACAAUUUUUCAUUACCACAAAAAAAACACCUUGGCUCGAUGGUAGACACGUCGUUUUCGGUAAAGUCAUUGAAGGAAUGAAAGUCGUGAGAAAAAUUGAAAAGACAAAGACUGGUGCUAAUGAUAAACCCACAGUAGAUGUCAUUAUCGCUGACUGUGGAGUUGAAGAAGUUCCUGAACCAUUUUCUGUAGAAAAAAAUGAUGCUCCAGAUAAUUAAAUAACUUUUUUUUAUUUUAAUACAUUUUAUAUUAUCAAUAUUUUGAUUGUUUAUCAAUCAAUCAACGAUAAAUUUAUGAUUUCAGUAUCGCAACUUAAUGAUUUUUUUUGCAAUAUUUCAUUAUCUUUUUGUAUUUCUUAAUUAUUAUUCAUAAUUUCAUUUUGUAACAACGAGUUGGAACAGUUGGCAUUUUUUUUACGAAUAAA